AGGAAGGAUAUUCCUUCUUUUUUUCUGCCUCCUUCACAACGCAUGUGAACGUUGCUCUCUGUUUGUCGAGGCUUCAUCAUAUAAAUAGAAAUUAUAAGUGCGCCUUUUACGGCCCCACCAGUAGAAAACAAAAGUACCGGCGAAACAAUAAACCCCACAAAUAAAAUAAAUUAGUAAAUGAAAGGCGAGAGCGCAUAAACUAUGGAAAUACUAGGGAAGGUGACUCAUUUUUUACAGGAGAGUGAGGAAGAGGAGAUGAACGGAUCCAAACGCGUCCAUUUCAGAUUGCUAUUUAAGAGCUGAGGCAAAUUGUCCAUGGUGAUCUGCAGUGGCUUAUAAUUUUGGAAAGCUUUCACUCACUGUAGACGAGUUGCAAUGUCACGCUGUUAUUUUGCGCCCGAAAUCUCAAUGAUGCCCUUAUUAAGAUUUCAGCAGCGGAAAUGAAGCGCAUCGACGAGACCGCCUGCGCAAUAGAGGUGAAAUUUGCCAUGAUCUGUGGGAUUAUUAUCGAAGCUACAUUCAACUAAAUGGGCUGCUUCAGUUCAAAGCUUACUCAUCAGUCCAAAGGGUGCGAGGACCCUGUAGCCCUUGCAGCCGCAACAGUAUUCAGUGUGAGCGAGGUUGAAGCUUUGUAUGAGCUCUUCAAAAACAUUAGCAGCUCUGUGGUUGAUGAUGGUCUCAUAAGCAAGGAGGAGUUUCAACUUGCAUUGUUCAAGAAUGGCCAGAAAGAAAAUCUCUUUGCUGAUCGGGUUUUCAAAUUAUUUGAUGUGAAGCAGAAGGGUCUUAUUGACUUUAGUGAUUUUGUUCGAUCACUUAGUGUUUUCCAUCCAAAUGCACCUGAAGAUGAUAAGAUAGAAUUUGCGUUCAAGCUGUAUGAUAUGGAUGGGACUGGCUUUAUAGAACGGGAAGAGGUGAAACAAAUGUUAAUAGCACUUCUAUCCGAGUCAGAAAUGAAACUAUCUGAUGAGGUCAUUGAGACAAUUCUUGAUAAGACAUUUGAAGAAGCUGACAUGGAUCGAGAUGGGCGAAUUAGCAGAAACGAAUGGCAAAAUUUUGUGUCUCAUAAUCCUUCAUUAAUGAAGAUAAUGACCCUUCCUUACUUAAGGGAUAUCACUACGACCUUUCCAAGUUUUGUCUUUAAUUCAGAAGUGGAUGAUAUCUCCACGUGAAUCUUCUAAUAUCCACCCAUGUUUCGAUAUGGUCACUCUACCUUAUUUUUAAUCCUUUCUCGACAGGUGAACAGUACUUACUGUACAAAACAGCAAGAGAGUAUCUAUAUAAUGUCACUGGAAAAUAGUCAACACUGCGAAGGAAACAUUUUCACAUUUUCUAACAUGUGACAAGUAAUGUAUGAUGAUUUUUUUUUGGUUUUUGGGUAAUUUUCCUUUUUAAACUUGUUUUCAAAUGUUUUUCCUUGCAUACGAACAAACCAAUGAAUUUGUUCUGUGCCAAAAAAAGAGUAAUGAAUAUAUUUCAAUGCCAACACUGUUUAUAUUUUUACUACGCGUCAUCUUGUGAUGACUACGUUAUACUGUUAGCAUUUUUGCACCGUAAGAUAGAACAAUAAAAUGGUAACUAUAUUUAGCUUUUAA